AUGAUGCAAUCAAUACGCAUUUCAUUGAUCUUUUUACAUAUUACAAUAAUACUUUGUGCUAUAAUUAGAUUACAUCCUUAUUUAACUAAUCUUGCUAAUACAUCAAAGUCUGGAAAGCAAAUUUCAUUGAUUGUUGGUUUUGUUAUUAAUUCAAUUUAUAUCUUACUCUAUCAUACGGCUAGUAUUUUAGCUGUAUUGUAUACUGAUUAUAAUGCAGACAUCGUUCGAGCCAGUGGAAUUUUAUUAAUUGGUGAAUUAUUACAAAUUAUUCACUCGAUUGUUGAAUAUACCAUGGAAGUAGAUCAUGUUGGAGGUGGUCAACUUUUUUGUCUUAUUAUGUUUGCUACGUUGUUAUCGAUAACAAUAUUUGUUACAUUUAAAUUAUCAGAAAAAAUUUUCAAAGAACAUAAUAACCUCAUACAAUUGAAAACGUUGACUGAUUCUGUCAAUGGCAUACUGAUGGACACUGAUAAUAAACCUAGCAGGUUUUAA